AUGGCGGUGACACCAAUAGAAAAAAGGGAAGGCGGUAUGGAGCUAGAGAAUCAAGAAGUGGUUGUCCAGAGUGAGUCGCCGCGAGAAGCGGCUAGAAAUGGUGGUUCCUCAUUGAACAGUGAAUUAAAAAAAGUAUUAAAUAGGCGCGCACGGUAUAGAACACCGUUAAUAUUUAUCUCCCUAACAUCCGUGGUGCUGAUGCUAACAACACUCGCAACCUCCACAAUACCCGUUCCGCAAUUCAAAAAUAACACCAAGAAACGGGUCGUUAUGAUUGUGGCCCCAUCGCUUCGGCCAGACGUGCUAAAGUUGUCAAUUGAAAGCAACAAGGCGCCUUUUAUGAAUUUAGUGACCGCCGCUGGGGGAAACUAUUUGUACACGAAUUGGGGAGCAAAGAAGAACUGGUCAGUGACCAGUGCGCCGGAUACGUCAAGAGGGAGUGGGUGGUCUGAAGCAAACGGGCGAUCCAACUCUUUAAAACUCCUACAGGAAUUAGCAAAAGAGGGAAAACGGUCCAUCGUGUUGGCGUCAUCUUCCGACGAUCGUCAGAGCAACAAGGAAGAAAAGAGCAGCAACGGUGGGAGACGCGGAGUAGAAAUACUUCCCGUUACUACGAGUUCAUCGGAGCUGCUUGAAGAAGAUGUGCUUCAUGCGUUCGAGCGACUCACGAAGAACGAUGGAGAUCUGCUUUAUAUCCACACAGGCGUGGGGGGCGGUUCGAAGGCUGCUGAAGGGGAAGGAAAUGCAGCAGCUUUUGAUGACAUCAACAUCCUUGACAGCAUGCUGAAAAAGUUAACUAUUGCGGUGGCCGGGCAUUCACAAAAAACGGCGGAGAAGUGGCUGGUAGCUGUCGUCGCCGGAGGAGGAAGAGGAGGAAAUGUGGCCCACGAGGUCUCCAUGUUAACCUCCACGUAUGACCGUGGUAAUCUGCUGAACAGCGAUUCCCUGACGAAAGACAUAUCGUCUGAUUGUGUGCAGUCCACGUUGCUGCGCUGGUUUGGUGUCAGGGAAGCCACUGCCUCCUGA